AUCCAUCUCAAGAUCUCGAUCUCACUGUUUUUUGCUACCUUUGGCCUUUGGAGAUUUGUUCCACUGCUUUUCUAUUUAUAUUUAUGCGCUUUGGGAUGGAAUGGAAAACUUAUCAGAAAAUAUACAAACCUUAUUUUCCUAUGACACUGAACUGAGUGCCGAUUCUGUAGAAUGGUGCCCACAUGAACCACACCAAAAUGUAUUCGUUUGUGCCAAUUAUCAACUGGAAGAGAAGAGAGACGACCAUCUUGAGAGUACUGUUGUGCAUAGGACAAGAAAAGGAAGGGUUUUACUGUUUUCUAUAACAGCUGAUAAUGGAUUGAAGUUACAUGAAACAGUGAACUGUCCUGCAGUGUUGGAUCAAAAAUGGUGCCAUGAGAGAGUUAAUGAUAGUUCACAUCUAGGGGUUGUUAAUGCUAAUAAGGAAGUAACAAUCUUCAAGUUAAAUGUAGAGGGUACCAGCUUAGAAACAGCAACAACCUGUAAUGUUGACUCAGAUGAAUCUGAGACAUUAGUGCUAUCAUUAGAUUGGUCUACUGGCAUUUACCAGUCCAAUGAACCAGAAAUCAUCUGCUCUGAUUCAAAGGGCAAUAUUCAUUUACUUCAUUUAUGUGGAGAUUCAUUACAAUUAAUAGAUACUUGGAAUGCUCAUAAAUUUGAGGCUUGGAUUGCAGCGUUUUAUUAUUGGAAUACUAAUAUCAUCUUUAGUGGUGGGGAUGAUAGUAUGUUUUUGAAAUUCGAUAAAAGGGUGGGAAAUCAACCGGUGUCUAGGAACAGAAGUCAUGGAGCUGGUGUAACUUCAAUCCAUUCAAAUAAAUCCAAAGAGUUUAUUGUUGCCACUGGAAGUUACGAUGAAUAUGUUCGUAUUUGGGAUACCAGAAACAUGAAAUCAGAGAUGAGUUCCAUUAAAAUGCCUGGCACUCUUUGGAGGCUGAAAUGGGACCCGUUCCUCCAAACCCAUUUGUUGGCAGCUUGCAUGCUAGGUGGAGUACAUAUUCUGAAUGUCCAAGAUAUCGAACGAAUGAAGAUUGUAGGAAGCUAUUAUGAACACAAAAAUAUUGCCUAUGGUGCUGAUUGGUGCUACUCAAAUAAAGAGUUUUGUGAUAAUUUUGAUGGUCCUGGAAGUUCUAUUCUUGGAACAUGUUCAUUUUAUGAUCAUUUGUUAUGUAUUUCCAAAUUUGAUGGAAUUGAUGUAAAAUGAAAAUAUUUGUUCUAAUCGGUACAUAUACUUUGGUUAUAAUUUAUAAUGAUGAACAGUGGCAACAACAAUAAAUCUGAGAAAUUGAUUUUCUAGAUCUAAUGAAUGUUUCGAACCUUCAAUGAG